AUGGCAAGGCAGUGCAGGGAUGGAAUCACAUGGCCACUGCAAGACUACUUUGUCCCGCUCAUAACAUUCUUGAGUUCGAUGAAGACCCACAGACCAAUGUCUGCUUUGUCGAAAGAGUGCACCCAUCACUCUUCAAAGCCUGCAAAGGGCAAAAAACACCAUCUGAUGGAGCCAGGACCCAGAAACAUCAUGUAUGCUGCAAUACAGAUGUACUUCGUUGCAUGUAAUGGUGAAUCCUGGACAUCCGAGGUUGGCACUAUGAAUCUUAAUGACUUAUACUAUACUGCGGUUGACCUUCUUGAGACGCAUGCGGAUGAGCAAUGGGUGAAGGAUUUGUUACAGUUUUGGAAAGUCGAGACACCUGGACUUAUGCAAGGUCAUCCAUCGAAGCACUGGAGGAUUGCCGCAAACUCAAUGGCAUCAGACAGCAAAGAUGAUAUGGACGACUUUUUUGGCAAUGACUCUGAAGAAACACAAGGCAGAUCCGGGUGCAAUAGAUCGACCAUGGAUCAUGAGUCAAAUGCACCAGCAGGCAGUAUCAAUGAUCCAACAAGUACUAUGCAACGCGAAUCCGACACUGGCAACACUAUUGGACUCACUGGCAGCUCCACAGGUGGUGCUACCACAGCGGCUGCUGAAUCCGAUUCGACAUGUGGCACUGCUGCUGCUGGAUCAAGCUCAACAGAUGGUGCUGGAUAG